AUGGCUCUGCUGGUCUCUCUUACUGUACGGAUUGCAGACAUAGUCUGGGUCCUGCUUCUGCUGCUGCCAGCAGCCUGCCUGCAAGCUGGGAACACAGCAGGAUCCAACAGAGAAAGUACUUUUGGGGUCAUCCUACCAGCACGCCUCUCUGGUGUCCAGGGCGGCUCCAUCGAGAUCCCCUUCUCCUUCUACUUCCGUUGGGUGUUGGCAAAGGAUCCACAGAUGAGGAUUCUCUGGAGAUGGAAGGACUUCCAUGGGGAAUAUAUCUACAAUUCUUCCUCGGAUUUCAUACACGAGCAUUUCAAGGACCGGCUCAUCCUGAACUGGACACAGCCUCAGACAUCAGGAGUCCUCAGAAUUCUGGACUUGAAGGAGAAGGACCAGACAGUGUACUUCUGCCGAGUUCAUCUGAAAAUGACAAAUCGCAUGGAGCAUUUUCAGUCGAUCAAUGGGACCCAACUUACCGUCACUCCUGCAGUCAGCACCACCAUGCAGAGCCCCUCCAUCGUCACCACUGCAGUCACCACGGCUGGACUGGAGGACACAGAGGGCCAGAAGAAUCCUUCACUUGUGAACAUAGGAGCCAUGGUCGGGGUGGUGGUGGCCACGGCUGUGCUCAUAACCCCCGUCUAUGUGAUGAUGAUCUUUCUCUUAUAGAAGCAAAGGCACAAAACUUUCUGUUAGUCCCCAGCUAACAGAACUCCAGGGGCCAGCAUCGCUCACCAGGGUGGUGAGUUUCCAUCAAAGUAGGAAUUGGUGGCCACACAUCCUGCAUCUCAACCCCUUCCCUGACCAUGGCCUGGGAAUCAGAGAGGAGGGCUACAGGCUUGUGCUGUGAAACAUCCGUCCAUGGACAGGUGCAAGAAGAGAACCUCACUCCUGCCAUGCGUGCUCUGACUUCCUUUCCUAGGAAUCCAGUGAAUUUGUCGGGCUCUGGUCCUGAGAUCCCAACUAUGCUGUUACCUAUCUGUCCAUUUUUAAUAAAUGUCUU